AUGGUGGAGCAUAACUACUUUGACAGACUAAAAGGCUACUGGAAAUAUAAUGAAAGCCUUCCCCAUAAUCUGAAAAGAAUAGAAACAGAUGCUACCGAGUGGAAGAAAUGGUCAAUCAGCCAUGUCCAAAGAGUGAAGAAAGGUAUCAUGGCACGGCUUCAUGGAAUUCAAUGUAAGAUGCAACACAGUUAUAACAACACAGGGCUAAUUAAAUUGGAAACGAAACUGCAAGGAGAGCUCUAUAAUGUUCUUAGACAAGAGGAACUUAUGUGGUUCCAAAGGUCUAGGGCUAAAUGGCUAGUUGAUGGAGAUAGGAACACUAGAUACUAUCAUUUGAAAACUGUCAAUAGGAGAAGGCACAACAAAAUCCUUAUUCUUAAGGAUGAUAGUGGGAGGUGGAUAGAAGAUGGUGCUGAGAUUCAAAAGCAUGUGAAUGAAUACUACAAAAAGUUGUUCUCUCUUGGAGAGAGAUGGGGUAGUUGGAAACAAACUCAAAUUUCGCUCCCUGACAUACAGCAAGAGGACCUCAACAAGCUGGGAGCAAAUGUUAGUAAUGAAGAAGUGAGGAAAGCCAUCUUUAGCAUGAAGCCUUGGAAAGCUCCGGGGCCGGACGGUUUUCCCGCGGGUACUGAGCAAGAUUGUUGUAGGGAGACUCAAAGAGCAUAUGAACAAUUGGAUAUCCCCAUACCAGACAGGCUUCGUACCGGGAAGGCUGAUUCAUGA